AUUUUUGUUAAAACGGAAUUAAAAUUGUUCAAAUAAACGAAUGAAACACACACACACGAAAAAUAUAGCGGUGGCUCAAGAUUAUUGAUUUCGAAAAACCAAUCCAUAUCUCCGUCACCACCUGUAAAAUACACCUGGCUCACCUUCCUCGAACGAACCCACCUGUCCCGACCAUCACGAGUCGCACGACAAACAUGGAGCGACUUCUUUAAUGUCACGCACAGGGGAGGGCGUGAAAGGGAUACAAGGACUUAUUGGUUCGAGACGUGUAGCUCUAUAGAUGAAAAAGCAUGCGGAAAAUGGGUGCAGUCAUCGACACAAAAGACCCCUGGCUGUUCGGCGUCACCCCCAUCUUCCUUUAACACGAGCCCCCCUCCUCCUCCCUCUGACCGAGAUGCAUUGUGGGGGAAGUCGUUGCCAUUCGACCUCUGCGGGGCCUGCGCGGACGCAGACAGAACCCUGAAAUUCAUUAUGCCUUUAAAACCCCUAUUUAUUUCCGCAUAACCUACAUACUCUCACCAGGAGGCCGGAGCGCAGAAAAACGGCUCAUUUUAAUGCGGAAUACUUUGGUUGAGAGAGCCGCGAAAGGAUUUUUGUUUUGUUGAGAAAGUGUAGAUUGUAAUUUAUUUCAAGAAAAUGUCCGGAGAGCGAAACCGCAGGUCGCUGGCUUUCCGAGGAGGUGGAUUAGCCGUCACCGGUGCCAGUGCCGUCGGAGGAGGCAGCAACGGCAACAGCUGUGAGGCCCCGGCCUGUCAAGACCGACAUUUGAACGGGAACAGGCCGGAUCAAGAGGACGACAGGGAUUUGGGGGCGAAAGGACCAUCGCAGGGGAAAGUCGAGGGCGGGGGGUCCGUGAGCGACAGCACGGAGCCGGAGGCAGAGGAGGACGAGGACCCGGAAGGGGGCAGUUGGACAGCGGGGAAAGACCAUGAGAGAGGCGUUUUAAACAGCGUCAUGGUGAAAACCGAGGGCUGCAAGUGGGCAACUGGCAACGGCGUCAACCGGGAGGACUGUAGCACGGGAGACGCGGAGGAAGCGACCGCCAGAAAGCCGCUGCUGGAGAUGAGACCUCAGACGCUGCUGCUGCAGAAACACUCGCUCUUCCAAGGCUCCUGGCUGCAGGAGUUUCCCUGGCUCAAAUUCAGCCAGGAAACGGGACUCAUGUCGUGCUCCUGGUGCCAUAACAUCGCCACCAACAACAGCGACGAGCUGGUAAAGGGCAGUCGGAAUUACAAGCGGGCCUUGCUGCUGAGACAUCACCUGUCCUCGGAGCACGGCAGGAAUGACCCGACCAAACAGGAGAUGGAAAGGCCAGAGGACACAGACAGCCUGGAGGUGGAGGACUACAGAAACAAGCCCAAUGAGAACUCGUACUGCUACCAGCUCCUGCAGGAGCUGGACAAGCAGCGUAAGAGCGGCAUCCUCUGCGACGUCAACAUUGUAGUGGGUGACCAGGUGUUCAAGGCGCACAAGAACAUCCUGGUAGCUGGGAGCCGCUACUUCAAGACCCUCUACUGCCUGACGAAGAGCGAGAACUGCGACCAAACUACCGUCACGCACUUGGACGUGGCGGCCGUGCAGGGCUUCUCCGUCAUCCUGGACUUCCUGUACUCCGGCAACCUCUUGCUCACCAGCCAGAAUGCCAUCGAGGUGAUGUCCGUGGCGAGUUACCUCCAGAUGACCGAGGUGGUCCAGUCCUGUCGCGCCUUUAUCAAAGACGCCCUCAACAUCAGCAUCAAACAGGAAGCUCCUGAUUCCGUGGUGGUCGACUACAACAAGCGGCGGACGGUGGCGAAAGACUGCCAAAGUGCCGACAAGAAGCCCAGCAACUUCUGGGCCACCAGCAUCCUGUCCAAGCUGUCUAUCAAGGCUAGUGGGCAAGUGAAGGAUGAACCCAGUGACGUGGAGGUGUCCGGGGGAGAAGGCUGUGCUUUGGGAAGCUCCGGUUGGGGAGGAGAGAAUUCGUCUGAGUCUACAGAGACGGAGCCACAGGGUCCGGGACCGGUGUUCGUCUGGAACGAGCCACAUCCCGGCACUGGGGUCGCCGUCAAGAGAGAGGUGCAUCCGGAGCCGGGCAGCGGAAGGAGGAAAAAACAAGCCGCCAAGCGAUUUGUCUACAACAUCCCGCCUGAGCCGGAAGAGGGUUUCGACGAGGGCAUGUUCAUCCAACCAUCAGCCUCCUACACCAGAGAGGACUUCUCUUACCUCUCGGAGAAUGCCGGCGAAGCGCCUGAAAACGCCCUCAAUAAGCUGAAGUGUCCCCACUGUAACUACAUUGCCAAGCACCGGCGAACACUAAAGAGACACCUGAUCAUCCACUCGGGCGUGCGUUCCUUCAGCUGCGACAUCUGCGGAAAGCUGUUCACUCGCCGAGAACACGUCAAAAGACAUUCCCUGGUUCACAAAAAGGAUAAGAAAUACAAAUGUAUGGUAUGCAAGAAGAUCUUCAUGUUGGCGGCCAGCGUGGGCAUACGGCACGGCUCUCGGCGCUACGGCGUGUGCGUGGAGUGCGCCGACUCCCACCAAGGAACGCAGGAGGGUUUGGAAGGCAUGCAGGACCUGGAAUUCGCCCGCGACGAAGACUUCGAUGAGGCCGGAGAGGGAGACGAGGACAUGGAGGCGGAAGGCGAGGAGCCCAAUGAGAUUGACCAAUCCAACUGCGAGGGUGAUGCAGGUGCCACCCCCCGAGAAGGACUAACUUAGACAUAACCUGGUAGAGAGAGAAACGAAUCAAAAUGCAAAGAAAAAAAAAUAGCUGGGAAACAAUCAACAAUUCCAAAGUGCUAUCAAACCUCUUUGUUGCACGUGAAGUUAUGUCAAAGAGAUAUAUAGCUUUGUUAGAGAGGGACUCCAAUAUUUAAAGAUUGUUCUAUGUGUCAGAGUCUGGGCCGUUUGCCUGUCAGAGAAAGAGGUAUAAUGAUAUAUAACAAAAAAAAAAAUCAGGUUUUUCUGUGAUGUAUUUUUUUUUUUUUUUUUUUUUUUUUUGUUUGUAGGGGAUGAGGGUGUACAGCGUUUUUGAGUUAUACUAGGCCAAUCAUAUUAAAAGAAAUAUUAAUUAUUUAAUUUAUGAAGAAAGAUAUUAUGGUCUUAUGAAAAUGAUAGAAUUAGAUUUGUUUUUUUUAAUGUACGUCUGCUUAUUUUCAGUUCAUAACUGCGCUUCCUGACAGACCUGAUCGUAUAUUGCUCAGACAAAGAAAGAGCAUUAUAGAAAUUCCGCUUACAGGAAGAUUUUUUUUUCGUGUGUGUGUUUCCUUUCUAGUUAAAUGUUGUCAUGAAAUUUUAUGAAAUAUAUAAAUCUAUAUAUUUUCCUUUUCCCUGCACAAAUCUUGGAACCAAAAAUCUGUUUUGUGACUCUAAUUGACCACAGCCAUAUUUAUGAUUAAGUUAUACGGGGCUGUUAGAUCGUGCCAAGCAGAACGCACACCAAGAUUUCUUGCAGGACACAAAACUACUGAAAAUGCUGAGAGAACAUAAGGCAGAGAAAUAUUAAAAAAAGAGAAAAUGAGAAAAUGAUACAAAAAAAAUAUAAGGGGAAUAUAUUAUUGCUAGCUUUAUUUGAAUCACAGCAUCACAGUAACACUUUAUAAAGCAUUUUGACAUUCACUUAAAGCUUGAAUUUUGCCAAAUGAUGGAAACGUUUGGUGCUGUAACGCUUUUAUUUUUAUUAUUAUUAUUAUUAUUUUUAAAUACUGGACCUACAAGCUGUAUAUGAUGUUAAUAAUCGUAAAGCCUACUCAACUCAGUUAUACUAAUCAGCUUUGUAUUUUACACUGUUGUGCUAAGGAGCCUAUCAGGUAUGCUUUUCUUUUUUUAACGUCUUUUCUAUGAAAUGCACAUACACGUACACACACAUACCAUUUGUUGUUGUUAAAACUACUGGCAGUACUUGUAUAGAUGGAGAGAGACCCUCCUGAGUUGGUUAGUGGUACUGAGCUUACUUUGAAUCACUUGAACGACCUGUGUACCGUUGUUAAAGAAUGCAGAUGGAAAGAGGUGGUUUGCAAUAGACUCCCAAACUUCGUUUUGGUCCCCUGUAAUCUUUGCGAUCCUUUCGGUUUCAUUUAUUUGGACUUUUUGUCGUGUGUCUGCUGAGUGGAAAACACUUUGCUUGUGCUGAUGUAGAGCGGAAGGUCUAUGGAAGUACAUAGACGGGCACUUACUGUUCUGCGUUUGAUAAUUUCUUAUUUCCCCAAAGCCGGUCUGGAUGGAAAUAAAUUAAAACUGUUGUGUUUUAUUCCAUACGGAGCUUCUUUUUUUCUUUUUUCUUUUUUUUGGACAUUUCAUUAUUUAAUGCUAUAUAUGUAUUGACUCCAAAAUGCAAUCAAGACUGUUAAUUUUUAUUUGUCCUACCAAAAUCGUUGUUUAAUUGUUAAUGUAUAAGAAAACCAGGUAAAUAUUUAGUGUAGAUCCUUGCUCGUGUAUGUCGUCAGAUUUAAGUGUUUUUAUUCUAAAAUCAGUCAUUCACUUUACCCUUAGAUGCAUAUAUUGUUUUGUCUUUCCUUUUGCGUUUUUUUUUUUUUUUUGUUCAUCCAUUGUUUUUUUUAUUUCAUUUUAAGCACAUAUUUUUUAAAAACUAUUGUUUGUGGGUUAAUUCCUAGGAGCAGGAGUUUCUGUUCAUAUGCAGUGGAUAUAUUGAAGUGCUAUACUGAUACAGAAAUCGUCUAUCUUUCCCUUUACUCGAGAUGAGAGUGUAUUUUAAAAGCUGUAUAGAAGAUCCUGUUUGUAUUGCUUACCUUCAGAUCACUGUGGGAGGGAUAUUAUAUACGUUAUAUAUAUAUGAAAGAUGAUGAAAAAAUAUAUAUAUAUAUAUAUAGAUAUUUAAUUAGUUGAUUUAAAUGAUGGCACGUCGCUGCAGUUAACCGGUUAAAAACCUCGGCCUGGCUUUCACUGUUCUCACCGACCUACACUCUUUUCUGUUCACACGUGCACGUUCACCAUCAUGUCGGUUUAUGGUUUUUCUUGUUUUGUCUGUGUAUCUGUUCAACUCACAUUAAUGUACUCCUUUGACUUUAUGCUGUAUAUGGACAUAACAGACAAAAAAAAAAAAAAAAAACACUACAGAUGAAGGUUUUUUCAGCUGUAUUUUGUAAAAGCUGUUUCAAAGAUGUAUUUUUCAACUCUCUUACAGUGAUGCAAAUGGAGCCACUGGCUCACCUCAAACACAAAUCAAAUCAGGUUAUUCUUUUUAUGUUUUUUCAAGAAUUCAAAUGAAUACAUUUUCCUUCUCUUUCAAUUGUACUACUGUUCCUCUAUUAUAAAUUUUAAAAUAAAACUUUGAUAUUU